AUGCAAAUAGUCAACUCAAUAGUGCGCAUCUUCCAGGCCAUCUCCGCCAUUAUAGUCCUCGGCAUCUCCGUUGACCUCGCUCGUGGCCAAGACACCAGACUCCAGUCCGUCCCACCUGCGACAGGGUACGCCGCGUUCUGCGGCGGGUUCGGCACCCUGGUCUCCUUUAUUGGAAUUAUCUCUCUUUUCAUAUCAUCGCUUGAAGGACUCAUCACGCUUUCUCUAGAUGCUCUUAGUGGAGUGACGAUGUUGGCGAGUGGGAUUGCAUACGCCGUCCUGCUCCGGCAUACGGAUUGUAGCAACGCGUACUACAGCGAAGCCACCUGGAGAAACGAGUUGCUUAGCGGUGGGUGUGUUGAAAUUGGGGACGGCAUAGGGUGUCGGUAUGGAGGGCGAGAGGAGGAGGGGAAGCUGAAGAGUAGAUGUGCUUCUGCAAAGGCAGACACUGCGUUCAUGUUUACCAGCUUUGUGGCUUGUAUCGGGAUUGUGGGGUAUAGCUUUUUUGCGAGAGGAAGGGGGAAGGGCGUCAGUUAUGCUUGA